GACGUGCCGCUACUGCUAAAUUCUAUACCGACAAGUUCUUCCAUCUCUGUGCCCACAUCCCCAAGUUCGAUAUCCUGUGCGAGCGGAUCCUGCGAUCCCCCGAAGACGUCUUCCUGUUCGCGAAAUACAUGCAAGUUCACGCCGCGGCCGGCCGCACGACUGACAUCUCCACGCUAAAAUCUAGUUUCCAUUCGUACUUCCCCUAUGUAGUCAUCUCAGGCUCCAACGACCUAGUUAUCCCUCCGCCUGGGCCCGGACAACUCGCUGGUCUCAAGGCCCGAAACGGAGGAUACUGCACUACAAGCACAGGACGCCUUAUUGUCCCUAUAGAUGAGCGGUCGGCAUUUGAUCGUGAUCCUACUCAGUACUGCAAGAAGAAGAUAGUGCACCACAAGGACGUCGCAAACACCGUACGACACAAAAAACGCCACCAAGCCGAUCGGCCCGAGCCUCGCGAUGACAACAAGUCAUACCCAAGCUAUCUCUUCCCAACAGACCUCAAGUACGACAACACGCGUCCUCAUCGCCAUAUCUUCAAAGGUGACUUCCUUAUCGAUAUCGGUCAUCUUCUGAGCACGGAAGAGCGGUGGAGCGGCGAUAACAAGCAGCGGACCGGGCAUCACUUGCACACCGCCCUGCAUCGCCUUCUCACAGUCGAGUACCAGGCGUGGCAAGAAGACGUGGAGCACGGUGACUUUAGGCAAUCAGAGGACACGUUCGAGUGGAACGUAUUUGCUUUCAUCAACGAGUGUGUCCUUCACGCGCUCAAUGUGUGUACCCGAGCUGAUCUUUCACACAGCAAGGUAUUCGGGGGUGAGGCCGGGGCACCCGACCAGCAGAAUCCGGACGAAUUUGGUGAAGACGAAGACAAUGAUGACACUGAUAUCCGUGCGCAGAUGUUGAAAGCCCGUAUGGCCGAACUCGAGGAACGUCGGGAGCGCCGCGCGAAAGGUCUUCGCGACGCGCCAGCAGAACCUGCGGAGACCCAAGUCCGGUCUCAGUCGCCAUCGGUGGAGACCAUUUCGAAGACCUCAGCCGUUGUGGACGUCACGGACGACGACUGGGAUGAGCUUUUCGCUGGCGACCCCUCUUAG